UCUAGUUUGGUACCAAGUCACUCGGUUAUAGGAAUCACUUCGUUUACAUUCAUAAAAUGGCUUUUACCUUAGUUUUGACUUUGUCUAUGCUGGGAUAUUGUUCGGCUGCUGGUGGAUCUUUAUGGGGUUAUGAAAAAGAUGGUGCCGCAAAAUGGAAAGAUACCUUCGCCACUUGUGGUUUGAACUCUCAGUCACCUAUAGACAUACAGACUGAAGGUGUUGUAGUCAAAAACGAUCUGGGAACCUUCAAGUUAACAGGCUAUGGUGGAAGUAUUGGAAUGAACAUGAGCAACAACGGACACACUGCCAAGGUGGUAUUCAACGGUGAUCUGUACGUAGAAAAUGGUGGACUCCCAGCUAAAUAUAAACUUGCUCAGUUCCAUUUCCAUUGGGGAUCUGACAAUACUAAAGGUUCAGAACAUAUUAUCAACGGAAACGCUUUCCCAAUGGAAGUUCAUUUUGUUCACUUUAAAGAUUCACUCGGAAGUCUCGGAGCGGCUGUCAGCGAACCAGAAGGUCUAGCUGUACUUGGAUUCUUCUUCGAGAUCAGCGAGACUGACAAUAAAGUUUUAAACAACAUCAUUGAUCAUUUGGCUAAUAUUACUGAUCCUUCAGGUAACUCCGAGGUUGUCUUGAGUGCACAAAAAUUUGAAGAUUUGUUGCCCAAAAAUUUGGAUAAUUUCUACAGAUAUUCUGGUAGUUUGACCACCCCACCUUGCUCUGAAACUGUUGUGUGGACUGUAUUCGAAGACACCAUUAAAAUCUCAAGCAGCCAGAUGGCCAAAUUCCGAGAAAUGUUUUCAUCUGAAGUUGACGCCCAAAACAACCACGUCCAUUUACAGAAUAACUACCGUCCAGUUCAACUGCUACACAGUCGUAAAGUAUAUUCUAGUCACAAUGUUAACAGUGCAUCAUCAUUGAAAGGAUUGGGGUUAAUGCUUACCUCCCUUAUCGCUGCUAUUCGUUUAUAAUUAGUUCAAUUAGGCGGAAACCGGGGACAAACAACUCUCUUUAUUUCAUGUGAUCUGAUUGGUUAAUAUCGUAAUACCAUUGACCAAUCAGAUCACAUGAUUGAAGAUGCAUUUACUUUUUCUGUGACUUAUAUCUCAAAAACUGAAAAUCGGCGUUUAGUUCAUUUCAUUGGUUUGGUUUCUAAGAUGUAUUUUAAAUUGAUAUUUAUUAACCAAUCAUAUUGGUGGUAUUAUGACUGUUACGAUAGUUAAUGUCCUGGCAAAAAACCUCGAUGACUGCGGUUCCUCUGAGCUGUGAUUUGAUAUUAAUAUACAUAAUCAAUUGUACCAUAGAUACAUACAGACAAUUUCAGAUUACCAAUUGUUCUGUUGUUAAUAUUAUUUAACUAUUAAUCCGAAAUUGUCGGUAUUUAGUUGUAGUAAUCUAUACAGCAUUUGUAUUGUAAAUGUAUAAGUAUAAAUAUUUGUGCACAUCACAUCCGGGGAACAAUGCCAAACAUGAACAUGGGCAGUUCUAGGUAGUUCAGUUCUUUCUGAUCACAAAGUAAAUCUAUCUUGUAUAGCUUAAUUACUAUGUAUUCACCCCAAAUAAAGAAGACUGUUUGUGUAAAUGAUUUGUAUUGUCUCCGGAUGUAAGCAGAUAUCUUUUCUCAAAUAUAUAUUAGGAAAAUUGUAAAUAAACAAAUAUUAGAUAUUCGGAGUACAGAAACUUCUAUCAUCCACUAUAUAUUUGUGAAUUUUAAAUGAAAAAAGUCAGAUAUUCGGAUUAAUUCAAUUUUAUAUUUUCAAAUAAUGAGAAUCCGAAACUUUAUCACUCAUUAUAUAUUUGUGAAUUUUAAAUGAAAAAAAGUUUCGGAUUAAAUUAUUUGGAUGAUUUUUAAGUUGAUGAAUAAUCCGAAAUUCUGUCACUUACUAUAUUUAUAUUGUAUAAAGUGUCACGUGAUUUUUAUGUUUAUUAUAAAUCUUGUGUUUAAUUUGUGGGUUUUUAUAAGUAGACGGUGUUUAAAAUUAGAAUAAUUGACAUUGCAUAAUACACAGCUAAUACACAUGGGCUGCGAUAUCAACACAUUGGUUACGAUAUCAACACAUUAGCUACAAUAUCAACACUUUAGCUACGAAAUCAGUACAUCGGUUACGAUAUCAACACAUAGGUUACGAUAUCAACACAUUUACUACGAUAUCAACAUUCGUUUACGGUUUCAAAGCAUUGGUUAUGGUUUAAAAGCAUCGAUUGGUGUCAAUAUGGUUCUUUUUUUCACUCUGAAUUAUGUCCCUUGAGACCACACAUGACGAGUUUACAUACCCGGCAUUAGUUUCCAUUAUGGUGUAUGAAACUAACUACCGGUACCAUAAAUCUUAUCUCAAAGAAAGACUCCGAUGAGAACCCAAUAUGACUUUAUUCAGUUACCUCCCUUUAUGCCUAUGCCAUGUUUUUGUACGCGUUUAUUUCAACUUUGUGUUCAUUUUGUUUUCCUGAUAUUUUGAAAUCUUGAAAUUUCCUUUUUUUUCAAUAUAUUUUUUAUUUCUUACAAAAUUUAAUGUUCUCGUUCAAAUUACUAGACAUUACGAGUGUGUAUGUAUGCAAUAUGUAUCUGUUUUGUCAUCUGUAUUAGAAAUCGUACGAUCGUGUUAUUACUUUGUUUAUAUUUGCACAGUUGUUACAGUUGGUGACUUUGCUAUUUGUGAAUAAAACACAUUUCUAUAUCUGA